AUGAAAAGUUGGAAAUCCAUAAUUUUUCUUAAAGUUAACUCUUUUGGAAAAUCAAUAAUAAGAGCAUCCGAUUAUUUUGCUUAAUAACCACAACUAAGGAUAUAAAAAUAAAAAAAAUUUUCUACGAAAUUAGGAGCAUUUAUGACUUGUUGUAUAAUUACAAUCUGCAUAAUUUAACUUAUUUCAUAAUUAUAAGGCAUUUUUGAUAGGCAUAAUCCUAAUGUAAUUACUUCUGAAUUUUAAUUAUUCAAUACUGAUGUAUAUUUAAUUUUUAAAAAGGAAUAUGUAUUAUAUCCACAUAAUUAUACUAUGGCAUUAGCAUUAAUGGAUGGAAAACUACAAACAAUUAGAGGGUAAAAUUAAUAUUUUAAUAUCACAAUAAAGAAUUGUAAAAGAUAAAGAUUAGUAAAUGAAACAACUGGAUUAAAAGAAGCUAUUUUAGAGUAUUUUUUACAUAAUUAAUAUAGUUGCUAUAAUUAUCAAAUAGAAGAAUGUAAUGAUUAACAUUUUACUACAGAAGUUUAAUUGAAAUAUUUUAAAUCUUUUAAUAAGUCAGGAUUAUAUUGUGCUAAAAGUAGUGAUUGGAAUGAAAGGCCGAUGAAACUUCAAGGUACUCCUUCAUCAGAUUUAUUUUAAUAUAUUGAUAUAUUUAUUUCAACAUGCAAAAAUAGUACUUAAAAUCAAAAUUGUUCAACAGAUUAACAAAUAAAGUAAAAAUUAUCUGGUAACUAUUUGGUGAUGCAUACAUCUGACAUACUCACAAAAAUGGAAGAGUCUAAGAACUCUUUUGAAAAUAUUAUAUAAGCUCAAUACUAUUUUUAUUCACUGAGUAUUACUAAAACUAUUCUCUCUUAACUGAAACUUAUAGAAGCUUUAUCUGAUAUUGCAUUGUUUACUAAAAAUAUUCAAAAAUAAUUUACAUUUUAAUAAUCAACAAUUAAAGAAACAUCAGAAGUGUUCAAUAAUCAAUAUAUUUUUAAAUAUGGAAUAGUAAUAGAUUAAAGAAUGACAUAAUACACAAGAACUUAUUAAAAAUUAUAGAGCGCUUUUAGUAAUAUAGGUGGGUUAUGGUAAAUGUUAUGUUUAAUUGUUUAAAUAUUUUUAUAUCCCUUCACUUCAUAUUUGACUGAAAUUGAAAUGGCAAAUGAUUACUUCAGAUUUGAAUCAAAUAACAAUGGAAAACACAAUACAUCUUAAAAAUAAAAAAGCUUUUUCAUAGAAUAGAAUCAAUGUUUAGAGGUUGUAGAAGAAGAAAUACCUAAUACUUCAGAUAGAGUCUAAAAAGAAAAAUAAAAGUAAAUUAUUUAAUCAAAUCGCCUUGAAAAUAGCAUAGAUAUUUAAAAAUUCUUAAACUAUCAAUAAAUACAUUAAAAAAUGUCAUAAGAUGCUAUUUUAUAAUUAGCAAUAUGUUGUAAUAGAUAGAAAAAAAAAUAAAUAAAUUAUGCCAUUGAUAAAGUUAUGUCAAAAUUAGAUGUUUCAUUUAUAAUUUAAAAGUUAUAAGAGAUAGAUAAAUUAAAAUAUUUACUCUUAUCUAGUGAUUAACUUAAUCUUUUUAAUUAUAUUCCAAAGCCAUUAAUACCUUUUGGAGUGUUUGAAUCUGAGUUUGAAAAAAAUAUAAAAAAUUUAGAAAAAAAAAUAGCUUAUAAAUUAAUAUUAGAUGAUGAAAAAUCAGAAAUAACUAAAAUUAAUGAUGCAUUUACAAGUUAUUAAAACUUAAAAAUAAAAUAAAACAUCACCAAAACUGAUAAAUAAAUUUUAGAAUUUUUAGAUGAUGAAAUCAAAUGCACUUUUGAUUAACUUUUUGUACAAAACUUUAGAGGUUUAGAUUCGAGAGAAAUAAGGCCUAUAAUAGAAAUUGAUAGUAUGUGUGAAAGUAGACUCCCUGUCAGAGAUUCUAUGAAUGAAGGUUGA